AUGAGUGAUCUCUCUUAAUUCUGUUUUAAUUGCAAUAACAACACUGAGGACUUGUUGGUAUCUUAAUUUUCUGAAGAAUCCUAAUUCAAAUUUUAAGAAUCUUUACAAUAAAGGAUAAAAAGAUAAAACUAGUAGUCUCAAGUAGAAAAUCGCAAUACUUAUCUAAUUCAAGAACAACAUCAAGCAUAUUUACCAAGUUCAGUAGAUUGUAAGGAAAUCCAACUUUUAAAAUUAGUUUCUCAUUUAAGGUAGCUCUUAUAAAAAUAGUAAUAGGAUUUUUCUGAAAAAGAAUUAUCCCUUUAAUAAAAGCUGUUAACUUUAUAAUAAAAGCAUGACAAAAUGAUUUCAUUAAUGAAAACCAAAUAUCAAAUCAUUAUAGAAGAACAAUAAUCAUAAAUAUCAUUAUCACUAAUAGAAAAUACAAAUCUGAAAUAACAAAUAUUUUAAUUCUAAGAGUAAUUACACUAAUCGGCAACCCUAAGGAUCAAAUAAGUAAGUGAAUUAGAAAGAAAUAAAAAUCAAAAUUGCUUUUCUACCUAAAAUAAUUAAAAUUCAAAAUUAAAUGAUUGGAAUUAGCCAGAACGUAAUUAAGAUCAAUUGCUUUAAUUAUAUAAAUAAGAAAUAGAUAAACUUAAAUAAUAAACUACAGAAUUUGAUAGAAAAUUUGAGAAUGAAAGACAAUGCAUAAAAUAAGAAAUAAGUACCUUAAAAAAUUAAAAUCUAAUGAUCUAGACAUUAAUUUCACAGAAAUAUGGAACCAAUUCAAGUGCAUAGAAAUCAUAUGCUCUAAAUUCUGAUAAAAAGAUUAACAAUAACUAACCUAGAUCUUAUAGUCAUAAUUCAAGGAAGACUUAAAAUUUUUGA